AUGGCUGCUGUUCAGGGCCAACCGCAAGUGCUAAAGUUCAAGGAGCAGUGGGUAGAAGGAGACCAGCAAGCCUGGAACCACUUCAACAACGGCGACCCUAGUACGACAAACCAUGUGGAGGGGUGGCACCACAAAAUUAACAAUCAAAUGAAGAACUGUCAUCCCAACAUCUACAUCCUCCUAGACAUCAUCAAAAAGGAACAGGCAGCAAAUGAGGCCAAAAUAUCUCAGCAUGCUAAUGGUGGUAAACAGCGCCCACGAAAGCGAGUAUACCGCCAACUUGAAGAAAGGCUCGUCCGCCUUAAGGACCAACUGAGUAUAGGUGAGAUGGACACUAUGUCCUAUGUUGAUGCUGUCUCACGCUAA